AUGUUGCUAGUGAAAGAGUGUGAGGAAAAGACUAAAGAACUAGAGCAGCUGAACUCUUCCUUCGCUACCUCGAGAAAGGAAUUCGAAUCGCUACAACAGGAGCUUGCAUCUACAAAAGCAGAGUUGGCAGCUGCCAAUGAAAGACUCGCUGAAGCAGCUGAGGCAAAACGGGCGAAAGUAACUUUGUCACGAAUUCGUGAAGAGAAAGCCGUGGCGGACGAGAAAUUUCAAAAGGCUAUUGCUGAGAAAGCCGCAAUCGAAAAACAGCUGCAGGAAAAUGAUAGCAAGAAGAAUGAAACUUUGGCUGCACUGCAGAACGUAACCCAUCUGUUAACAUCUGCUAUGUACGACCUGGAGGAUUUUCUCUUACAGGCAAAGAACACAUUAGCCAUAUUCGAGAAUGAGAAAGCCUUGUUGAGAAGCGAAGUGGACCAGUUGAAAGUACAGCUGGAGACGAUGGAAUUGAAGCAUUCUGAAGAAAUCUCUGGAAAUCAAAAG